AUGUCGCGCAUGAGUUCGUUAAAUUUGAUUUUGAAAACCUUUGCUACAAUAUUGGACCGGUCAUGUGCAUUCAAGUUGUUGCUUUCCAGGGUGCAUUUUAUCUCCGGCCAAUUUGGGUUACAGGUAAACGUUAUGAACAGGUCCGGAAAUCCCAAUUUACUUGAAAUGGCCAUUCUGUCGAAAUAUAAUUGGUCCAUGUACCUCUUGCUUCCGAUAAAUAUAGAAGGCAAGACAACCCACUUUCCUUGUUUUGUGCUUUGUUGCAAUGACCCCGCGUCUUUCUCCUGUUGUAAGUUGUUAUAUUUUCCAACUCUUAAUUUAGAUUGGUUUUUCCUCAACUAA